AUGACUGGUAUGGUGAUACCGGGACCAGAUACGGCUCUGGUCGAAUCCAGCACGGGUCCUGUCCGUAACUGGGCUGCGGCAAAGAUGACAAACCGACAGAUGUACGGCGGGUUGGUAUUUGUCUACACGGGACGCCAGAAGUACCACCUACCCGACCUGCCACCCACAGAGUUGUGCAAAGUGCCCGUUCAACCUACGGACGUCUGGACGCCCAAUUUUGCUGAGGACCACAACGCGCCGUACAAUGCGAGAUACAUUGAUACUAUGCACAACACCCUGAUCAGUAACGAAAAGCAACAGCCAGCAGACAAUCGUCCAUACACAGACCUUGGACUUGAGUUUGGGAGGAAGCGGUUGAUCAAGGUGUUCUCACAGAUGCGCAAGAACAAGAAGGAACAGGGCAACAAGACGCUUCAGGAUCAGGUGGAGGUGCACAAUAGGGCAAAGAUGUGCAAGCGUCACGGAUCACAGCUCGCAGAUACCUUAUGCGAUGUGACAGAUGAAGUCGAACACGAUCUCAACACGUAUGAGGGCUGUCCUGUCAGCGAACCUCCCAUGAGCGGCCUUCAAGAGCUCAUCAAGACGGACUAUGUACCGUCCUGUGCAUCCGACAGUGGCGAUGUCGACCAGAUGGAGUGGGAUAAGCGCAAGACCAUGUAUAUAGCAAAGUACGGGGUCAAGCAGACAAAAGGUGCUUGGGAACUGCGUCCUCCCAGCUGGUAUAGUCCGCAGCUCAAAAGGCUGUACCUCCUACUAAUCAAGAAGGCGCUAGCUCGACAUCAGUUGGAUCCGAAAAAGAAGAACACGGGCCCGACCUUCACGUUUCCCGGAUUCAGUGCGAACAUGUCCAAGCACCUGCCCGACAAGGCACUCUGGCGCGAGGCCGUUAUAUCUGACUGGUUCAAUGAGCAGACGUGCUUCGCUGAAGAUGUCUUGCCUCAUGUUCCUGCGAUGCUGACCGCUCUCCAAGCCAAGAUCCCGGCCAGCUUAUUCAAAGACAUGGACAGGGAGUGGGUAGCGGAUGAUGAGUUGACAGAUGGUGAGGGCGUCACAGACAAUACAGACGGUGAAGAAACGGAGACUUAA